CUUACAAGCAAUUUAUAUAGGAGAGUCUCGGCCAGCAUUGUGAGACGGCCAAGCACUGGCCUACUUCGGUCACUAUUGAUUUCCUAACCCUUUGCUUGUCUGAACCCCACCGGAAACUCUUACUAUAUCUCUCGCGCUUCUCACUUCCGUUAUCUCAAUUUGCACAGUCGGCUUAUCAUUGAAAUCAAAAAUACUAGGCCUCAACAUGUCGACCGUUGCACUGCCCAACACGGACUUCAAGUCUCAGAUUACUGUCGAGGAUUUGAGAUCAUUGGCAGCCAGGUUUAAUAUCCUCCUCGAGGCUGGAUCUGACGAAGAUGCAUAUUUGAAAUUGUUGCAAGCUGCCGAGGCAAUUUAUGAACACGUCGAAACUAUAGACGACUAUAUUCAUCCAGACCUGGUCCCUGUUCCAACUGUGAAUGAACGUCGUUUCUGGAGACCAAAGCCUGAAGACAACCCGCUCAAUGCCUGGAGUCAUCGGACCUCUCUUCUAGCUGCUAGUCCCGAAAGCAACCUUCUCAAAGGCCGUUCGAUUGCAUUCAAGGACAACAUUGCCGUGGGAGGACUACCUACCACCAUCGGUACCCGCUCCAGUCUCCUGUCCAGGGAAGGUGUCGAUUACCCUAUAUCGACUAUCGACUCUACCGUGGUGUCUAGAGUUCUGAAGGCCGGUGCGACAGUCAAGGGAACCACAACAUGUGAGACGUACUCAGCAUCAACUCUUUCUUCAACGUCCUUCAAUGGACCUGUCCAGAAUCCCUGGGCGUACGGUUACAGUGCCGGUGGCAGCAGCAGCGGCAGCGGUGCCUUGAUUGGUUCCAAUGAAGUCUCCAAGCUUAAAGGUGUCAGCUUUGGUGAGAGUAUCGACAUGGCUAUCGGAGGUGACCAAGGAGGCAGCAUUCGACUCCCAGCAGCCUAUAAUGGCUGCUAUGGAAUGAAAGCCACUCACGGCUUGAUCCCUUACACAGGUGUCAUGGCACUAUCACCGAUGGUUGACCAUGUGGGACCCAUCGCCAACAGCCUGGAGGAUAUCGCAUUGCUAUUACAGGUUCUGGCUGGCUACGAUGGUAUCGACGCCCGGAUGACGGCCGAAGCACCUUUGAGAAAUAAUGUGCUCGAUUAUCCAGCCUUGCUACGCGAGUCCUUUGCCGAAUGUGAUUCACUUCUGUCACCGCCGAGAAGUCGCCUUAGAGUUGGAUUGCUCAAAGAAUCUUUCCAAAUACCAGGGAUGGACCCAAGAAUCAGUGAUCAUGUCUACUCGUCCGCCAAACAGGCUUUCCAAGAAAUGGGAGCCCAAGUUGUCGACGUCUCGGUGCCUAUGCACAAAGACGGACCAUUGAUCUGGACUGCAGCAACGCGAGCGACCAUGUCGGAUUGGGGUGUUGCUAUGCAAACACCAGGAUACCUAUCUUAUCAUCCCCCUCACAUGAGACUCCAAUGGCCACCGAACCAGGAGAUGUACGAAGCACUGUCAGACACAAACCCCACAGUCAUGAAUCUGGUCUUCUGCAGUACCUUUCUGAAAGAAAAAUAUGGACCCGGAAUUGAAGCCAAAUCCCACCGCAAGGUGUUCCAGCUACGUCAAGCAUAUGACGACGCUUUGAAACAAUUCGACGUUCUAAUCACACCAACCACUCUCGGUCUGGCAUCCCAGCACCCUGAGCUCAAACGAGAAGGAAAGAGAACCGGCAUUAUGGAGAGGAUAAACCCGGCCAUUGGCCUCAGCUCUAAUACGUGUCCCUUCAACGUCACUGGCCAUCCGGCUCUCAGUGUCCCGUGCGGUUUUGAGAGGGACGAUGAGACUGGGCAGCAAUUGCCAGUUGGUAUGCAAAUCAUAGGGAAGCGCUGGGACGAAAAGACUGUUCUCAAAGCUGCAGCCUUUUUCCAAGUCGGCCAGCAGGCAAGAGACCGCAGAGCAACUGCUGCGGUGCAGUCACAUCUGUGA